AUGAAAGACAAUGGAUUUGUGGACUGGACAAGCUUGCCUGAUGAUGCUAUGAUUCAGUUGUUUUCGUUAUUGAAUUACCAUGACAGGGCAAACUUGUCUGCAACAUGUAAGGCAUGGAGAAUUGUGGGUGCUUCUAAGUGUUUAUGGACUUCAUUAGAUCUUCGUGGUUAUAAAUUUAACAUUACAAUGGCUGUUUCCCUUUCUCCUAGAUGUGUUAACCUUCAACAGGUUCGGUUCCGUGGGGCAGAAUCUGCUGAUGCAAUAAAUCAUCUUAAUGCUAUGAAUUUGCGUGACAUAAGCGGCGAUUCCAUAACCGACGAUACUCUAACCAUGCUCGUUUCUCGACAUAAGGAUUUACGAUGUAUUCAGGUCGGACCGGACGACAAGGUCACCAGUGGUUCUAUAAAAGCAAUAGCAUUUUACUGUCCGAAACUGAAACAACUUCGGUUGUCUGGUAUAAAGGAUGUUCUCGCCGAUUCAAUCAAUGCAUUGGCUAAUUAUUGUCCCAAUUUGGUUGACAUUGGGUUCAUUGAUUGCUUAAAUGUUGAUGGGGUAGCAUUAGGACAUGUUUUAUCUGUUCGGUUCCUAUCUGUUGCAGGGACGUCUAAUAUGAAAUGGGAUGUUGUUUCACAUGUUUGGUGCAAGCUGCCUGAAUUGAUCGGAUUGGAUGUUUCGAGAACUGAUAUCAGUUCCACCGCUGUUUCGAUGUUGUUAUCGUCAUCCCGGAGUUUAAAGGUUUUAUGGGCUUUGAAUUGUCCUGUUCUCGAACAAGACAUUACCGUUAACACCGUUAAAACCGAAGGCAAAUUGUUGCUUGGCCUAUUUUCGGAUAUAAGGAAUGUGUUUUCGGAUUGGGGGUGUUCCAACGAGAUCAUGACAUGGCUCAAAUGGAUACUAUCUCACACUCUUUUACGUAUCGCUAAGAGUAGUCCACAAAAUCUUGAUUACUUCUGGCUCAAGCAAGGUGUAGCAUUGUUCCUCAGCUUAUUACAGUGCAAACAAGAGGAUGUUCAAGAAAUGGCAGCCUCCGGACUUGCUACUUGUAUUUUCGCCAAUGAGGGAAAUGCCAUUAUAGAUCCUGGAAAAGCCGAAGCCGUUGUGAAAAAUGGUGGGGUUCCUCUUCUUCUUGAUCUAGCAAAAUCAUGGCAGGAAGGGAUUCAAUCUGCUGCUACAAAGGCUAUAUCGAAUUUAUCUGCCGAUCCGAAUGCUGCAAAAACUGUUUCUGAUGAGGGAGGGAUCGGUAUCUUUAUAGAGUUGGCUCGGUCUAAGAACAGGCAGGUCUCUGAGGCGGCAACCGGCGGGCUAUGGAACCUUUCCGUUGGGGAAGAGCACAAGGCUGCAAUUACUGAAGCUGGUGGAAUCAGAACUUUAGUUGACAUUAUAUCGGAAUGGUCCUCAGACGCAGAUGGAGUCCUCGAAUGUUCCGCUGGUGCCUUAGCAAAUUUAGCAGCUAAUAAGAAAUAUAGCACGGAAAUCGCCAUUGCAGGUGGCGUACAGUCGCUGGCAACGCUCAUCAAUAACUGCAAGUUCCGCGGUGUACAAGAACAGGCUACUCGCGGCUUAGUGAAUUUGGCUGCUCACAGUGUUAGAAAUGGUCCUAAUGCUCGAGAAGCUGGUGCUCUUGAAGCGCUAAUUCAACUUACAUGUUCUCCCCAUGAAGGUGUUAGGCAAGUAGCUGCUGGUGCAUUGUGGCAUUUGUCAUUGACCAACGUAAACCGAGAAGCCAUUGCAGCAGCCGGUGGUGUCGAGGCAUUGGUUACUCUUGCCCAAUCUUCUUUAAAUGCUAGUCAAUGUCUUCAAGGGAUGGUGGCUGGAGCACUUUGGGGAUUGUCAAUGUCGAAAGCUAACUCCAUUGCUAUCGGACGAGAAGGAGGUAUUCCGCCCUUGAUCGUGUUUGCACACUCAGAUUCUCAUGAUGUUCAUGAAGUUGCUGCAGGGGCUCUUUGGAACCUUGCUUUCGAUCAUAGUAAUGUUUUUCAGAUAGUCGAAGAAGGUGGGAUCCCUGUACUUGCUCGUCUUUGUUCUUCAUCUGAAUCGAGGAAGGCUAGUUUCAUGGCUGCUUUGGCCCUAGCAUACAUCUGCUGUGGGAGCGGAAACAACGAGCUUGCACCGACGGGGACAUCAUCGGAAAACACUUCAAAGAGUGUGAGCUUAGAUGAGGCGAGAACAACAGCUUUGAAGCAUAUUGAAGCUUUUAUUCUUACGUUCUCCGAUCCACAAGCAUUUGCAGCUGCUGUUGUUUCAUCAUCUCGGGCAGCAUUAGAUCAAGCAAUCGAAAGAGCUUAUAUUCUAGAAACCGGGCUUCUGAGAUGCAGUGAGGCUGAAAUCGGAAGAUUUAUCGCCAUGCUUCAAAGUUCCUCUUCAAUACUCAAGGCAUUUGCUGCAUUUUCUCUACUCCAGUUCACUGAUCCUCAGGGUCAAAAUGCUGUUUACCAUGCUAGCUUGAUGCUAGAUGCUGGAGCGGUAAAGGUUUUGCGUGCCGCAGCUGCAUCAGCCAACGAACCCGUCGAGGUUAAAAUCUUUGCUAAAAUUGUACUUAAGAACCUCGAGUACCAUCAGCAAGAAACCCUCUAUCUGGUUUAGGAACCCAAUUAAGAUUAGCUGAGGCUUUCAUCGACUAUACAGAUCUUUUCAAGUCACUAAUGUUAGUAUUUUCGAGAACAUGUUUAUU